AGUGUACGCAACUGAUGUUAGCUAAUGGAUUUGUGGGGAAAACUUGUCUCCUUGAAAAGGAACAUACAAGACGAGAUAUUACAAACGCAAUGUACUACUAUUUUCUAGCAAAAAUAAGUGAGCUUCUGGACACAGUAUUUUUCGUUCUAAGGAAGAAAGAUAGUCAGGUGACCUUCCUCCAUGUCUAUCACCAUGCAAUGAUGGUAGUCAUCAGUUGGUCUAUCCUGAAGUACGAACCAAUAUACUUAACGAUUUACAUAAGGAAUGUUAAUUCAUUUGUUCACAUGAUCAUGUAUACGUAUUAUUGUUUAUCUGCGGUCCCGGCUUUGAGGAACUAUUUAUGGUGGAAGAAAUAUAUUACUAAGCUGCAAUUAGUACAAUUUUUAUCAAUACUCGUUCACUUCGUGAUGACAUUAAUGAAGUCGGAAUGUACUCCAUCAUUUUGGUCAUGUUUUAUAGUAGUGUUUAACGCAAGUCUAUUCAUCGUUUUAUUUGGAAAAUUCUAUAUAGAAUCCUAUACGAAUAAAGAAAAAAGAAGAAUAGAAAAGGAUAAUCAAAAUGUUCAAAACUUUGCAGUAAAUGAAAAUAAUAAUGAGAUAAGAAAUAAUUGUAAUGGAAAUGAUAAUUUAAAGCAAUAGAAUUGAGUAAAAUAUCAAU